AUGCUCAUUGAUGGCAUCGUUGAUCAUAGUGAUCUUUCUAAUAAAGAAGUAUCGAGUGCUCUCAGUCAAUUUCUUCACAGUCUUACGCCCACUCAAUUAGCACAUACUGUAGUGGAAGGUCUUCUUUGCACAGAAGAGGAACUCAGUCAUAGCGGAAGUUUAAAAUCAAUUCUUCUCAAGGCUCGUUCAUUGAAGGAUGAAUUUUUAAUACCUCCUCUGCCAAAUCUAUUGUUCACUCGAGAUUCAUUCUCAAUAAUAGAAAAAAAUGUCUUCAUAUGGCGCAUGGCUAAACCAGCUCGACGUAAUGAACCGCUUAUUAUGCGCGUCAUCUUCACUUUCCAUACAUUUCAUGAACAUUUGUCACUUCGUGGCAUUCAUGUAGUCGACUGGGAGACUCAUACAGACUCUACGGCAACUGUUGAAGGUGGUGAUGUGGCUUAUAUUGGUCAUGGCACGCUUCUUAUCGGUAACGGUGAAAGAACAAAUCGGGCCGGCAUUGAAGGAAUCGAACGGACUGGACUCUUUCGUCGAGUGAUUGCUAUUGAAUUACCAGAAAAUCGAGAUUAUAUGCAUUUGGAUACCGUUAUGAGUUCGGUCGGUCGUCACUCAUUUAUUUGCCAUAGUCACUUGGCCCAACAGUUGACUGUCUACACUGUACAGACACCUAGAGAAGAAGGUGCCAAGACAGAAUGGCUUUCGCAUGGAAAAGAUGUGCGCAAAGCGCUGCGACAUCUUCUGAGUAAUGUUGAGUUGAAAUUUUAUGAUGCGGCCGAUGAAGCUACAUCUAUUGCUGAACAACAUCAGUGUCGUGAUAAUAUGUUGUGCUUGGGUAAUCAAACUGUAAUUACUUAUGCUGGUGGUGAUCCUAUCAAUGGUAUAAUCAAUCAACUGGAACAUGAUAGACAACGUCCAUGUCAUGUCGAAACAUUUCCAUCAAAAGGCUUGAUUGAAGGAUGCGGUGGUGCUCAUUGUAUGACAAACGCCUUACAUCGUUUAGAAAAUUGA